CAUCCCUGAGUCCCCCCUCCACCCCCAUCAGUGCUUCUCUCUGUUCGGGUAUCACUUCUCUUUCCUCUGCAUUCUGCUGCCUUCUCUCCAGGCAGCGUCCUUGAACCUCUCACUCCCUGCUCCACACACACCCCUCAGCCAGGGCAGGAUGGACCCCCUGCCUCUGCUCCUCUACCUGUGUGCAGUGCUGGCACUGAGCCGUGGAUUCAGCGUGGAUGUGGAGGGACCCAUCACCUUCCAGGAGGCAGCAGCGGGGUUUGGGCAGAGCGUGGUGCAGUUCGGAAGAGCCAAUGCUGGGGGGCUGAUUGUUGGGGCCCCGCUGCAGAUUGGAGAUGUGAAUGAAACCGGCAAAGUCUACAAGUGCGACCCGGGCUCCAGACGCUGCGAGGAGAUCCCCAUCCAGAGGCCCCCCGAUGCCAUGAACAUGUCCCUUGGUUUGUCUCUGGCUGCUCGAGGCUCCCAGUUCCUGGCAUGCGGCCCCACAUUGCACCGGGCCUGUGGGGAGAACAUGUAUGUCAAUGGCUACUGCUUCCUCCUGGACCAGAACCUCCGGCAGCUCCAGCACAUCCCAGACACCCAACCAGAGUGUCCCAAACAUGUCACGGACAUAGUGCUCCUCAUCGACGGCUCGGGCAGCAUCACACCUGUGGACUUUGGAAAAAUGAAGACGUUUCUCUCUGAGAUCAUGAAGCGUUUCCACAGCACCGACACGCAGUUCGCCCUCAUGCAGUACUCCAAUAAAUUUGAAUUGCACUUCGACUUCAUGGAGUACAGGAGAAGUCGCGACCCUGAUCGCCUUGUCCAGGGGGUUGAGCAGCUUCAUGGAACGACGCACACGGCCAGCGCCAUCCGGAAAGUGAUGCGGGAGCUGUUCACCUCUGGGAGAGGCGCUCGGGAUGAGGCCACCAAGGUUCUCAUUGUGAUCACAGAUGGGGAGAAAUACAAAGACCCGCUUUCUUAUUCAGAUGCCGUCCCCGAGGCUGAGAGAGCUGGAAUCAUCCGCUACGCCAUCGGGGUCGGACAGGCCUUCUCCAGUGAUACUGCCCAACAGGAGCUCCAUGUGAUCGCCUCUGAGCCCACCAAUGAGCACAUCUUCCGGGUGGACAGUUUUGAUGCCCUCCAGGGCAUCCAGAGCCAGUUGCAGGAGAAGAUCUUCGCCAUUGAAGGUUAUUCGUCUCAGGUCAUCACAGCCAAUGGGCAGAGCAGCUACGUGGUCGGGGCCCCUCGCUACCAACACACCGGCAAAGUCAUCCUCUUCAGUCAAGAUACCAAGGGUGGAAAAUGGACACCCAGAUCGGAGCAGUCUGGAGAGCAGAUUGGCUCGUAUUUUGGGGGAACACUGUGUGCUUUGGACCUCGACAGAGAUGGGAACACGGACCUGGUUCUAAUUGGAGCCCCCAUGUACUAUACAGCCCUUAAUGGAGGACGGGUCUAUAUCUGCCUGAUUAACUGGCUGGGGACGGUGCUGAUGUGCACCAAGACACUGCAAGGACAGACGGGUCAGGCAUUUGGGCACUUCGGGGCCAGCAUGUCCGAAAUCGGGGACAUCAGCGGGGACGGACAGAUGGACGUGGCCAUCGGGGCCCCAAUGGAGAAUGACAAUAGAGGAGCCUUAUACAUCUUCCAUGGGGAAAAGGGAGACCUCAGUCCCCAGUACAGACAGGUGAGCCCAGGGUCACUGUUUCCCAGCAGGCUGCACGUACUGCAGGCCGUCAGUGGCGGGACAGAUUUCUGACGGGGGAUGGGCUUGCCAGACAUCGCUGGGGCACAAGGGCAGGUCCUGCUGCUGAGGUCCCGGCCAGUGCUCAGAGUCAGGGUCUCCAUCAGCUUCCAGCCCCCCACGAUCCCCACCUCGGCCUUCAACUGCCAGGAGCAGGAGCAGCUCAACACAGAGGCCAGCAGGGCAGAGGUCUGCUUCACCGUCACUAAGAGCACCAUGGACAGCCUAGGCGACAGUAUCUCCAGCACCAUCCAAUACAGCCUGGCCCUGGACCCCAGGCGGACAAAGAUCCGAGCCGCCUUCGACUCCACCAGCCCCGUCCUGAGCAGGGAGCUGCAUCUCGGCAUUGAGACAAGAUGUGAGACGUAUCGGAUAAUGUUACCUCUCUGCCCAGAGGACACUCUGACCCCCAUCACCCUGCGUCUCAACUACACGCUGACAGGGGAGCCCAUCGCUGCCACCAGCCGCCUCAGACCCAUCCUGAGUGAGGACUCUGCACCAGUGUCUGCAGGCCUGCUCCCGUUUCAGAAGGACUGUGGCACGGAUGGCCGCUGCGAUGACCAGUUAGAAAUCUCCUUCAGUUUCUCUGGCUUGAGCACCCUGGUGGUGGGAGUCACCCCAGAACUCAACACCACUGUCUCCAUCCAGAACCGUGGGGAGAAUUCUUACAGCACCACAGUGCGGUUCUUCUACCCGGGCGCGCUGUCCUACCGCCGGGUCCUGCUGCUCCAGUCUAACAGGAGGGCCGUGGCCGUUAAGUGCAGCUCAGCUGUGGGCUCCGAGGAGCAGACUCAGAGGAACAGCACCUGCCAUGUCAACCACCCCAUCUUUGGGAGCGGGGCCGAGGCCGUCUUCAUCGCCACCUUCGACGUCUCCUCUGAGGCCGACCUGGGGGACAGGCUGCAGAUCAUGGCCAAUGCCAGCAGUGACAACGGCAGCCCCAUCACUGAGCGCAUGAUUCACCGGGCGGAGCUGCCGGUCAAGUACGGCAUCUUCAUCAUCCUCACCAGCCUCGAGAAGUCGACCAAGUACGUCAACUUCUCCUCCAACGAGGCAGGGACAAGGGUGCCAGUGACACAUCGGUAUGAGGUCAAGAAUCUGCGGCAGCGAAGUGUCCCCAUAUUGGUCACAUUCCAGUUCCCCGUGGAGCUGAGCGGGGUCCGGGUGUGGGACGUCUCUGAGGUCGUCCCCUCCAAGCCCCAGCUGGCCCAGUGCACCAGUGAGGCUGAAACGCCGGGUUCAAAGGACUUUGUGAAGCAGAUGAGCAAGCGCCCCCUGCUGAACUGCUCUGUGGCCACCUGUAAGAAGAUCCGGUGCAGAAUUGCCUCCCUGGAAAUGCAGCAGCCACUGGAGUUCAUGAUCAAUGGGAAUGUGAGCUUCCAGUGGGUCUCCCAGACUCAGCAGCAGAAAGUGAGUCUUGUGAGCGAGGCCCAGAUUGAAUACGAGGAGGAGAAAUACACCCAGAAGGAGGGAUUCGUCCAGCGCCAGGUGCAGACGGUGGUGGAGCGCUCCGAGGUCUAUAACUACCUGCCCAUCAUCGUGGGCAGCAGUGUGGGGGGCCUGGGCCUGCUGGCUCUCAUCACUGCAGCCCUCUACAAGCUCGGCUUCUUCAAGCGCCAGUACAAGCAGAGGCUGGAGGAUGGUGUGGAGGGCGAGGGGCCUGGACCAACCCAAAGCACAACCACUGGAAACCUCCCUGCUUCCGAUGCCCCCAAACAAUAGCCCCCCAUGCGCCAAUGCCCCUGGCUUCACCCCUGUCUGGGAUGCUUCAUCCCCGCCCCAUAAUGUUGUCACCUCCAAGACGCAGAAAAAUUGGUCACUGGCAACCCUCCCACCAACAAAAUGCAUCCCAGUGCCAACUAGAGCCGAUCGUUACUCAAAUUAGGCUUGGAAGAAUUCUCUUGAUAUUUUUAUAAUUUUUAUGGAGAACAUUGAAGUUAAUUUUAGGCAUUUUUUUUAAAGUUCCACUUGUUGGGAUAUGUUAGGGUUGACUAACAGACAUGGGAAGCUGCUAAUGUGCUGACACGGCAUUAGGGGACAAAGGCAUACAUAGGCUGUAAUUUUUUGUUUAAUAAAUAAGUCGCCAUAUUUUUCCCCCAUUGCUUGUAAGAAUUUAGAAGAAUGCAGCUGCAUGAGAAAUGUAGCAGCUGAAUAAUGCCCUUUGUGUAAAGAAAUAUUUCCCCGUCCCUUCCUUUUUCAGCUACAUAAACCAGCCCUGGCUUAUGGCCCCUUCCUCCCUCCCCUGAGAAUUACUGACCAGGGAGAUUUGUGCAGGGCCGCCCGGGGGGGGAGCAAGUGGGGCAAUUUGCCCCAGGC